UGUGCUACAAAUCUGCGGCUGUGUAAUAUUUUACAUCUAACAGAGAAACUAAACUAAUUAGAAGUUGAACAAAAUGGCAUCCGUAGCUCAUCUACAGACCUUAUUUUCUACGAAUUCACCAAAGCAAGCAGCAUCAACUGGUGUUCCCUCUCUCUCCAGCAGAUCAACAUUCUUGGGUUCAAAAGUUGAAUGUUGGAACAGGAUUGAGAAGAAGAAAAGGCAUAGAUCUUUGAGUGUGGUUGCUGCCAUUGGAGAUGUAUCAGCAGAUGGCACCAUCUAUUUGAUUGCUGGCGCAGCCGCGGUGGCUCUGCUAGGAACCGCCUUCCCUAUCCUCUUCUCUCGCAAGGACCUGUGUCCUGAAUGUGAUGGUGCAGGUUUUGUGAGGAAAUCGGGGGUUACCCUGAGGGCUAAUGCUGCUCGGAAGGACCAGACUCAGAUAGUUUGUGCUCGUUGCAGUGGCCUCGGCAAGCUCAAUCAAAUCGAUAAAUAGACAAUCUUACACUAUUCAACGUCUUCCUGAUAUGUGAAAUCUAGACCCCAACACUCCCCUCCAAUGCUGUACUGCACUCUCCUCCUCAAGCAUCACUGCUGUUUUUUUCCUUUGAUCACUGGACUUGGAAACUGUAUUUACGUGCUAAUGAAGUGUUGUUACUGUUGUCCCAA